ACACCACACUUCCCAUAAUUUUCUCUUAUAAAAAUCCUUGCAAUUCUUUUAUCAACUCUCAGUUUAAUUCUCUCUCUAGAAUUCCUAUUUCCGUCCUUUUUCUCUCUCUCUCUCUCUCUCUAUAACCAUCUGUUCUUUUUCUUUAGCUGUACGGACGAUGCCACAAGUGGAUCUUGAAACCUUAGUUUCAGCCUGCGCCGGCGUUUCUUGCGAUAAUAAAAUCGCCUGCGAAACUCUAGCCGCCACCACCACUAUCACUAUCAUAGAGAGCAACCACAACAACGUCAACAACGACGAAACUGAUCCACCGGAAAUCCCACCGGAUUUCCCGCCAGAGUCAUUCUGGCUAUCAAAAGACGCAGAGCACGACUGGUUCGACCGCAACGCUUUUAUCGAACGUAAAGAUUCAACAAAAGGAAACUCUCAUUCGACUAACUUGAAUCCAAAUAUAAACCCUAACUCAAAUUCACAGAGAUUCUCUAACUUGAAGUCAAAACCAUCAAUUAUCGGCUUACCAAAGCCGCAAAAGUCUUGUUUUGUUGACGCGAGGCGUCACUGUAAACCAGCAAACACAAGAUUGUUUCCGAAACGAUCCGGCUCUGUUAGCAAAUCGGAUUCUUCUCUGAUCGAACCAUCGUCGCCGAAAGUUUCUUGUAUGGGAAGAGUAAGAUCGAAGAAAGAUCGGAAUCGAAGACUAAAGAAUCAGCAACAAUCUGGACGGUCAAAUGAAACCGGAGGUAAGAGAGAAAGACCUGAAAGAAAGCAAAGAAGUGGAUUCUUUGCUAGUUUUCGAGCGAUUUUUAGAGCUACAAAAAAAGGUAAAGACUCGUCACAAAAAGGAAAGGACGCGUCGCAAGAAAGCUCAAAGAAGACGACAGUGAAAACGAGCGAUAUUAGAGAUCGGUUACCGAUGAGGGAAAGAGGCGCAUCACCAAUUGAACCGGCGACUGGUGGUAUUGAGCCGGUUGGUUUGGGUGGAAUGAAGCGGUUUGCAUCUGGCAGGAAAUCGGAGUCGUGGAUUGAGGUGGCGUGAUCUGAGGCGUUAGAAUGGGAAUUCCGUAUGACGGGGGAUAAUGGGUGGGGGCCAGCUAAGAGGUCGCGAUCGUGAUUGGGUAAUUGUGUGGAGGGGUAAGGUGUUGUUUAAAUGGUUGGUGGCAUGACGUGGCAACGUUGAAUUAACGGUCUCCUAUUUAGCGCGGUAACUACAGUUAUUAUCCCUCGUAUUAAUUUUGUUUUUCUCUUUUCUAAAAAGAAUUUUACUUUUCGGGCGAAUGAUUUUAGAUUUUAUUGUUUUGGAAAGUCAAGUAAUUAGGGUUUGUAAAUACAUAUGAGUGUAAAUUUGGUUAUUAAUAAUAAAAGUAAAGACGAUUUGUAUUGCUCCA